AGCCUGUUUCUCUCGCUUCCUCGUCAGGUCCGUUUAAUUGCUUCUCUCAUCCGCAGAGCUUCGAUCUGGUCUCUCUCAUGUUCCUAUAGUGUUUUGGUUCGUUUAUCGGUAGAUCUUCACGAGUGACAUGAUUUCAGUAGCUGUUGUGUUCUUCGCCUUUUCGUUCUGUUUUGUGCCUUGACAAACCGCUUUGCAGAGUCAAUUGGAUUCUCCGUUUGUUUGUCUUUCUCUUGGUUUAGUCUGAUUGUCGAUUUUGCGAAUUGUUUUCUCGGAUCUUUGUUUGUGCGAUUCUCUGGGUGAUGAUUAUGAUUAAGUUAGUGAAAUGAUAUAAAAGCUUGAACAUGAAUUUCGGGUAUCUGUAUCCCCACCCAAAGAUCGAAUCUGGUGUCAAAUUGGACCCUCUUCAAUCCGGAGGGAGAAAUCAAUCUUAACUCCCCGAUCUGAUAGAAUCUUUUUUUGUUUUUGCAGUUGCGGCUGUGUAAUCUUAUAGCAGUAAUUAGCUUCUAAAAGGACUAGGCAAAAUGUUGGUGGUUCCAUGUCGUACCCAAGUACACAGUUUCCAUCUCCCUUGUAAACCGAAGAAACCGGAAAAGAAAGAAUCAAGCAACGACAUUAUGUGCGAAUGUGGACGACUUGCAGUUGUGAGAAUAUCACGCACAACCCUAAAUCCUAAUAGGAAGUUCUUCUGUUGCGCUAAACGCGGUUCAAAACAGGUGGACAAAGGAUGUGGACUCUUUGAAUGGUUUGAUAUACGAAUGGCAAUUGAAAAAGAGAGACAUAGGUUGGAUGCUCUAAUUAGAUUUCUGGAGGCGGAGAAAGUAUAUUUGAAAGAAAAAAAUGGAUUACUCAUUGAAGCUAACAAGAAUCUUCGGAAAUCAGUUGCCCAAAUGUUGCCGCUGAGGUUGUUAUUUGUAAUGCUUUGUCUACGGAUUCCAUGAGCCGCUGAGCUUUUCGUUUAUUUGUUGCGUUGUUGAAUGCGAUGCAUUAGAAUUAUCUGCUUCGGUGAACAUAGAUGACGAAAGCCCCCCAUCAAUUCAUAAUGUCGAUGUCCUAAGUUUGACGGUGUCUUGGAAAUGGUUGAAAUUGGAUGUGGAACAACUUCCAUACCUCUUAUUUCUAAGUAAGCCUAUACCAUGCAUAAUCCCAACUAGGGUUAUGGACCCCCUUCCCAUCCCUUCCUCGACAAAAGGUUCAUUAUAUAAGCUCUAACCAAGCAACCAUCGUCUCCCUUCACAAUGUCCCUAGUUGUUGUCAUGGUUAGAGGAGAGUCAACGACUGAGCCACUGGUAUUGAGACAUGUCUCCCUCGGCUCUGGUGGUCUCCAUCGAAUCAUACAUCACUCUUUUUGUCUUACCUCUCCUUCUCGUUAACAAGUAAGACGUGCUACUUGAGCUAUUUGACAUUAGGUCUGCAAACGAGUCAAAUUUUCAUUAGCUCAAACUCAACUCGUUAUAAAAUAAGUUGAGCUCGAACUCUACUCUCUUCAUAAAACUUUGGCUUAAAC